AUGGUAUCAGGCCAAACAGCCAUUGAUCUGCAUGCGAAGGUUAUGGGACGCGCCAUGGCUCAUCUGGUCCGCGCAUUCGAUGAAAGGAUUGCAGUGAAUUUUGACUGCAUUAGUCUUCAUCUGUGCAUUUGUCUGUGCGACAAGUUCCAUCGAUUAUUGACGGAGAGAGAAAUACCUUCAAUGAGCGGAUAUUGGGAAGCAAUAUCGAAUCAGCUGUGGACUAGACUAGCACAAGUAAUGCAGAUGCAUAACGAUAGUGUGAAAGCCCUUGAUGUUAAGCGUAUGCAAACGCCAAUCGACACGAGACCACAUUAUGUAAAUUGUAAAGGACGAUACGCUGACAACUGUACGGUGCUUCCAUUCUCUCGUGUUACGGAAUCGAGCGGACGAGAGGAGCGAGUAGUUCAAGACAGUCGAAUCCAUUCGAUUAUUCAUGAGUUGGAGCAGAAGGCUAUAGGAGAAUUCGUGGAGGCAACAUUGCAACCCCAUUUUUCAUCGUUGUUAUCAUUUGUCAGUGAAUGUGAACCUUUAGUUCAGCAAGGACAUACACAUCUACUUGUUCGAUAUAAUGAUAAGCUCACAGCAGUAGUACAGACGUUUUCUGCAAAUUGGAGGCGUUCCAUAGAUGCUAUAAAUGGUGAAGUAGUGAAAUCCUUCACUAACUUCAAAAACGGCACCAAUAUCCUUCAGGCCGUUUUCACGCAACUGGUGCAGUAUGUGCAACGAUUCUCCAAAUUAGUAUCGCACGAGAUCUUCCGCGAUAAUCCAGCACGUAACGACAUGGUCAAUAUUCACCAUAUCUUGGUGGAAUUGAAAAAGUAUAAACCCGUCUAUUGA